AUGCCCAUCCCGACCCCUAGCCGUUUCCCAUCCAGACGGCAGAAGUCCAGUCUCAAACGGCUUGAAGCCGUUUCCAACAUUGUCGGCGACGGCGUCAGGGUCGCAGACCACACGGCUUUAGCAGAGAGGACCGCAUGUCAGUAUGUGCCAAAGCUUAAGACAUACUUCCCACUGGGGACCCAAGACUCUGCUAAGUUCCUCCAGGAAGGACAAGACUUAACCCUCAGAUAUAUUACUGGGCAAGGAUCUUCCAAGAGGGAAACUAAGGUGAAGCUAGAGUGUAAUCCUGGAGAGACAUCCUUCACAGCAGAGGGACAGGACCCUAAUGUCAUCAACCUUUACCACUUCACCCUGAGGUCCCCCUGCGCGUGCCCAGGAGGCUGCAGUAAGCCAAGUAACGCCACCUGCCGGCAGGUUGGGCCCUGCAGCUGUAACAUGACCGAUGGGAGCGGCAUGGUGGACCUGCACAGGGUGGGCAGGAGGGACGGCCCUGCGUUUCGUGACAUCUCGAGCCCUAGUGAGUUCUCUGACCUCUAUUCCUACAACCCCUGCUACCCAUUCUCCCUGGGGUCAUGUCGGGACGCCGCGGCCUGUGUCAGUACGCAGACACACGGAAUCCACGUGGAGAACUCCCUGGGGAGUCAGGACAAGGCAGCCUUCUUCAACAUCGGCUCAAACCUGUACAUCGUGUACGGAACAGACAGGAACAACUCAAAAGGACUCACAUCUUUAGUCCAGCUUGUCUGUGAUCGGCAUAAAGAGUCCUUUGAAGCACAGGGACCUAACCCACAGGCAAAGGGACAGUAUCUCUUCACCCUCAGGAGUCCCUGUGCCUGUCCCGGGAUGUGUGAGACACCUGUAUCAACCCCAUCCCCUCAAACCACAGCCCCACCCACCCCCGUCACCGUGCCACACCCGACCGGGAACACCACCCAGCCAGCCCAGGCUGCGUGCGUACAGUAUGGCACCUGUGCAUGUAUGUUCAAGAACGGGUCUUAUAUCGACUUAACAUCGCUGGAACUAACCACAGGGGAGCCACUGUUCAAAGACCACCCCCUGUCCUGGCCUCGUCGUGAUGAUGGUUUUUACUAUUCCUUCAACCCUUGUGCUCCAUUUACUGAGGGGAAAUGUGAGGAUGUGGCAGAGUUUAUACUGGAGAGUCCUCAAUGUUGUUUGCACAAGGGUGGAACCACAGCUGUGAGAGGCAGUCUCAUGUGGAUUAUUUGUGCAUUAACAUUCCUGUUGGUGAAUGGAUGGAGAUGAGACCUGUUCAUCAUGAUCAUCUUGCCAGAUUGAAUAUGAAGAAUUCGCAAUGCAAUACUGAGGACAACAUGGUCCAUAUAGUGUUACUAGUCAGAAUAUAAGGCCGAAAGGUUUGGGGAACAAUGUGCUGGGAAUGCAUGCCAUACUAUUUCAUCUCAUGCUUAAAACUAACCUGAAGAAUUGUUGAUAUGAAGACAAUUAAUCUUUAAAAAGUUCUGCAAAGAAUUUUGCCAAAUAAAAUUAAAUGUUUCCAGUAA